AUGUCGACGAAACGGCCUGGACCGACAAAAGCACCUGCGGAUGGGCCCAAACGGCGGAAGAUGCUACCAAUCUCAGAUAAAGUUAAGGAUUACUGUAUAUGUUCACUCUCCAAACCCCUCCGCUCCAAACCCCUCCGCUCCAAACUCCUCCGCUCCAAACCCCUCCGCUCCAAACCCCUCCGCUCCAAACCCCUCCGCUCCAAACCCCUCCGCUCCAAACCCCUCCGCUCCAAACCCCUCCGCUCCAAACCCCUCCGCUCCAAACCCCUCCGCUCCAAACCCCUCCGCUCCAAACCCCUCCGCUCCAAACCCCUCCGCUCCAAACCCCUCCGCUCCAAACCCCUCCGCUCCAAACCCCUCCGCUCCAAACCCCUCCGCUCCAAACCCCUCCGCUCCAAACCCCUCCGCUCCAAACCCCUCCGCUCCAAACCCCUCCGCUCCAAACCCCUCCGCUCCAAAGCCCUCCGCUCCAAAGCCCUCCGCUCCAAAGCCCUCCGCUCCAAAGCCCUCCGCUCCAAAGCCCUCCGCUCCAAAGCCCUCCGCUCCAAAGCCCUCCGCUCCAAAGCCCUCCGCUCCAAAGCCCUCCGCUCCAAAGCCCUCCGCUCCAAACCCCUCCGCUCCAAACCCCUCCGCUCCAAACCCCUCCGCUCCAAACCCCUCCGCUACAAACCCCUCCGCUACAAACCCCUCCGCUACAAACCCCUCCUUAACCACAACCUCAUAACCCCUCCACUCCAAACCCCUCCACUCCAAACCCCUCCACUCCAAACCCCUCCAAUACAAAACCCUUCCGCUCCAAACCCCUCCGCUCCAAACCCCUCCGCUCCAAACCCCUCCGCUACAAACCCCUCCGCUCCAAACCCCUCCGCUCCAAACCCCUCCGCUCCAAACCCCUCCGCUCCAAACCCCUCCGCUACAAACCCCUCCGCUACAAACCCCUCCGCUACAAACCCCUCCUUAACCACAACCUCAUAA